UGAGAAGACAGCUUGAAUUAUUGAUGAGAGUAAUGGCGUUGCCGUCUGUCUGGAGCGUGAUCCGUGUGGCGAUCCCGUUCAUUUCGGUGGUUGGCCUACUAAGCGUGAGGCUUGUUGGGGCCAGCCAGGACUCUGGGAGUGUCAUUCCAGCAGAAAGUCGUCCCUGUGUUGACUGCCAUGCGUUUGAGUUCAUGCAGAGGGCGUUGCAGGAUUUAAAGAAGACGGCAUAUAAUCUAGACACACGGACAGAAACCCUCCUCCUGAGAGCAGAAAAGAGAGGCCUCUGUGAUUGCUUUCCUACAAUACACUGAAAUGAGCACGGGGAUUUGGCUGAUGGACACUUACUCAUUUUUAAAGUUCUGUUCAAUAAAUUACAGGAAGAUCUAGAAUGCAAGUUGUGCCACACCACAAGGAAAACAAUUUUUAUGCAAACAGGUACAGCUCAGUUAGACCAUUCUUGCUUUGCUGUGUUUUAUCAUUACUGUAUGUGAUAUUGCAUCUGCUGAAGUAUCAAAAGAAGAAACAGUUCCAAAGGCUCGCUCAUGGGUUUUAUGUAAGGAUAGCAUCUCACUUUUCUGAUAUUUCAAGCCAAAUAUUGUCCUUGGAGUCUCAGACCAGGCCCUCAGCACACACAAAUCACCAUAGAUCUGUGAAAGUCAGUAGAGUCUCAUCAUUUCAUACCACCUGUAAAAAGACAUCUAAGGAUAGUCUUUAAAUAAUUCUUUGAUAUAUUUAAUAUUAGAAUGUGGUCCUAACAUAAAAAGAAAGCUGUUUUGCAAGAUGUGUAGCUUAAAAGUACUUACAAGCAGUCAUGGUUUUAUAUAGAAAUUAAUAGUUGUCAUUGACUGCUUGGCAGCUCAAGGAAGAUGUUUGUCCACAAUUGUAGAUUGUAUCAGUAGGCCAGUACAUAGCAAACACAGUAAUCUGCAUCACAGCAUUAAUUUCUUCAGAGCCACAUAGUAGCUGUGAUCUUUUGGAGAGAUUUAUUAAAUACUUAAUGCGAUCAGUAACAUUUGUAAUCACAUGAAUACUGCCUGGCAAUUGAACUGAUUGUGUCUGCCAAAAUCUUCUCGAAAAGUGUCUUUCAUUAAGCAAAUCACAUACUGGGUUAAGCCACUCUCAGUGGCCUCUACAGAGAGUUUUGGCAAAGAGCCUACAAAAUGCCUGCGCAUCCAGAAAUCUCCUGCAAACUGUUGGUUGGGAAUAUUUAAGUUCCACCAAAAUGGUCCACAGGUUUUUAAUGAACUGUAUAUGAGGAAGAAUUUCACUCCAUAGUGAGGAGUUAAAGUGCUGAGACUGUUAAUAUCCCUGCUGCAAUCAGUGAGAGACAAGAAAGAACAGAACAAUUCAAGCAGUGUAGCAGUAGACAGGAUUUGGCCUUGUUACUCUGGGGGAGGGGGAAAAAAAACAGAUCCAACAGAUCCCUUCUAAUUGUUUUAAUUUUCACUUUUUUUGGCAGGGGAGGGGAGAGCAGGGGAAGAGGAACAGAAAAUGGUCUUGAUGGAAAAAAGUAAAAGAUUUUUCAUAGACUUAAAAUAUCAUACCCAACAAAAGUGGUUUUCAAAAUUAUUUUAUCCACUUUUGUUAAUAUGUCUAUUUAUCUUCCCAUAACUGGCUGAUAUUUUACUGUCAGGCUGCUCAGUAAGUUAUGAGGGUAAUUGGCAACUUUUUAAAAGCAAACAGGCUAGAAAUACGUAUUUUAUCAUCAUUCUUAUUAUACAUUUAUGUGCAUCACCUGGCUUUGCAAACUGGCUUGAGAGGAAGAUUGCUAAGCUUAUUUUAGGGUUAUUGGACUCUUGAGCUGCAGUCUAGUGUCAGGAUCAUUUAAUAUUUCCGUGAGAGUAGUAGGAGGGAUUACAAAAGUAACAAGCUGUAGGAGGCAUCAUAUAACCUAUUUCAUGGGUGGUGACCUGGACUCACCUGAGCCCCCGUCACAAAGCAGCCUGUUAAGUGUCUCUAGAAAAUACCCUUAGGGAAAAAAAAAUAGGACUGACUUGACUGCAGUAGAAUUUAUGGCUAAGUCAUGGAGAAACCCUAAUUUUGCAGUGCUUUUUAUUCAUUAGAGGUGAAAUGCAGCCCCAAGCUGAAUGCAAAUGCCGGGUCUGUGUAUUACACAAAAGCCUGGGACCAGAAUUGGGAUUUCAGUGAUGCAUUCCUGUAGUCUUGGCUUUCUGCCUAGGACCGAGCUGCACCCUGUCUGACAUUAUUUUCAACAAACUUUACAGGACAUUAUUAUCUUAGAGUUUAUGUGCUUCCUUAGAGAGGGGUGCAGCUGACCAAACAUGUACAUCUUGAUCUUAAAGCUGAGCUGGCCUCCUUUUAGAGGUAGUGGAAAGAAAGAGAUGUUUUGGGGCUUUGACUCACAUGACCUGUUUUAAGUUGGUUUCUUUAUGGUAAGAUGACUGGCACUUCAGCAGUGCUUAAUUCUCUUCAUGAACUGUAAAGGGAAUCCAGGGCAAGGUGGAGGUCCACCUGUGGUUGGCUGAAACCCCCCACUCCAGUGAUACCAGUGUAAAGACAGAGACUUUAUGAUGAAUUUGUCUGUUUUCAAACCUCCUCUCACUCUUUUUGUCCCACUCCAGCAGGCAUUAGGAACUGUGACCUACUGCCAAAUUAUUAUUUUGUUUGCAGACAUACUAAAUAUCACAAAGGAGUUCAUUACCGUAUGCUCUGCCAAAGCUAUCUGAAAGGCAUGUGGCUCUAAGCAAGAAAAAGCUUCCUUGCACUUGCAUUUCAAGUAGGAAAAUUGCUUUGUCCUUUCUAGUGUUCUAAAAAAAUCCUUUCUUUGUCAUCAGGACCCAAUAUUUAUUGAGGGUGUUCACGCAGCCCUCAAGUGCACAUUCUCCUCCCCCCCCCCCCACCCCACAAAUACAUGCAAAAUCAUACAAUUUGUGUAAAAGAGAAACAACAUGACAGAUCAGCUCAUUGUUUUUAUGGUUUUGCUCUCCACUGUAACACUGGUAACUGAUGGGGAAUAGUAGAGGUUCUUACCACAGACUAGGUUUUGUUUCACAGUUAAAUAGUAGGUUUAAAACAGCCCCUUUGCAAAACACUCACCUUAGGUUGCUUUACUCCCACUGAGAUUUGAACUUAAGCAAUGCACAGAUCUUGACUUGGCUUUUUGCAGGAUGUGGAAUUCCAACACUGAACCUGUGAAUUUUGCAGCACAGCUCAGCUUUUGGGCAGGGCAACAUAUCUAUGGUUGUGUAUUGCUAGUGUGCAUGCGUAUUCUGCCAGUACCUUAAAGAAUCUUCAAAAGGCCUAUUAGCAAGCACUAUUUCUGGCUGUGUUUUUAUUUAGCAAAAUGGUUGCUGACUGUUGAUAUAUGCAGUUUAUUAUGAUAAAAAAGUGGAGUGAAUGAUGAGUGGAUGUUUUCUGACUCCCAAGGGAUCAGAGUAACAUUGCAAGUUUACACCUGUGAUGGUAGUGAUUAUGGUACAUGUGCUCCUCUUUGUCUAUAACAAUAAAAAGGCAUGAAGCAUUAUGACA